UGAUGACUACUAUCUCUUCUGGCUUCUUUCAAUUUCACUGAAAAGAAAACAAAGCCUUCGAUUUUCCUCUUCCUUCUUCUUUCUGGCUGCUAUGGGUUUAAGGUUUUGAGCAAGAAGUUUUGGAGGAUUUUUCUCGCAGAUUUUCGAGUUUCGACCAUGGAAAGACAGCUCGUGGGCUCUGAAAUUCAUGGAUUCCACACUUUGCAAGAUUUAGAUUUUGCGACCAUCAUGGAGGAAGCGACUGGAAGAUGGCUUCGACCGAAUGAAAUUCAUGCCAUACUUUCUAACAACAAAUAUUUCACCAUCCAUGUCAAGCCAGUGAACCUGCCCAAAAGUGGCAGUAUUGUAUUGUUUGACCGUAAGAUGCUUAGAAACUUUCGAAAAGAUGGUCAUAACUGGAAGAAGAAAAAGGAUGGGAAGACUGUUAAAGAAGCACACGAACACUUAAAAGUAGGCAAUGAAGAAAGGAUACAUGUAUACUAUGCACAUGGUCAAGAUAACCCAACUUUUGUUCGGAGGUGUUACUGGCUGCUUGAUAAGAGUCUAGAGCACAUUGUCCUUGUUCAUUAUCGCGAAACACAAGAGUCACAGGGUUCUCCGUUCACGCCUGGAAAUUCAAAUUCCAGUUCUACAUCUGAUCCGUCUGCUCCUUGGAUUGCAUCGGAUGAGCUUGAUUCGAGGGCGAACAAUGCAUUUCAUGUUGGUGGAACGGAUCUUUUAGAGUCCAGGGACAAUUUAACUGUAAGAAAUCACGAACAGCGGCUUUAUGAUAUCAAUACGCUUGAAUGGGAUGAACUUCUGGUUGCAAAUGCUCCUGUGAAUUCAGCUGCAUCUAAAGGAGGAGACAAAGUUCCACUCUUCAAUCAGCAGAAUCAGGGUGCAGGAAAUGGUUUCUUUGCUGGCGGAACUAUCAAUUCAGUUACUGAACUAUCUUCUUUCAAUAAUUUGAUGAAUCCAACUGCUGGCAACGCUCAUGGUAAUCUGCUCAAUGAUGUUUACAUUCCGAAAAUGGAGGGCCAAUCAAAUUCAGAUUCUAUUGGAGUGGGAACUGGUGAUUCCUUGGACGUUUUGGUGGAUAACGGAUUGCAUAGCCAGGACAGUUUUGGGAGGUGGAUAGAAAAUUUUAUGACUGAAGAUCCAAGGUCCAUAGAGGAUCCAAUGCUUGGGACCUCAAUUUCCUCUGUUAAAGAGUCAUUUGUUUCCCCAGAAAUGAGUCAUCUACAAUCUCCUGUUCCAGAGCAAAUAUUUAACAUAAUUGAUAUGUCACCUGAAUGGGGUUAUUCAAAUGAAAAGACGAAGAUUCUGGUUACCGGCUUCUUUCAUGAACAAUAUCAACAUCUUGCAAAAUCCAAUCUACUUUGCGUCUAUGGUGAUGCAUCCGUUUCUGCAGAAAUUGUUCAGGUCGGGGUGUAUCGCUGUUUGGUAUCGCCGCAUUCACCUGGAUCUGUAAAUCUCUUUAUGAGUAUUGAUGGCCAAAAACCCAUUAGCCAAGUUCUAAAUUUCGAAUGUCGCUCUCCUAUAUUGAGUGCUCCCGUUGUUUCUUCAGAAGAAAAGUACAAUUGGGAAGAGUUUCGGACACAGAUGCGGCUUGCACGUUUACUCUUCUCUACAUCCAAGAGCCUUAACAUUCUAUCUAGUAAAGUAUCACCUAAUGCACUGAAGGAGGCCAAGAAGUUUGCCGACAAAACCUCCCAUGUAUCUAAUACCUGGGAAGUUUUUAUGAAGUCAAUUGAAAAUAGUAAAAUUCCAUUUCCACAAGCAAAGGAUAAUCUGUUUAGACUCAUCUUAAGGGACAGAUUGAAGGACUGGCUAUUGGAAAGAAUCACAGAGGGCUCAAAAAGCACAGAUUUUGAUAUUCAUGGUCAAGGAGUAAUCCAUCUGUGUGCUAUUCUGGGAUAUACAUGGGCCAUCCAUUUGUUUUCAUUGUCAGGGUUGUCACUGGAUUUUCGUGACAAGCUUGGAUGGACAGCUCUACAUUGGGCAGCAUAUUGUGGAAAUGAAAAAAUGGUUGGCGCUCUUUUAACUGCAGGAGCAAAGCCAAACUUGGUAACAGACCCCACCUCUGCGAACCCUGCUGGAUACACGGCUGGUGACAUUGCAUAUAUGAGGGGAUAUGAGGGUUUGGCAGCCUAUCUUUCAGAAAAGGGUUUGGUGGAACAAUUCAAUGAUAUGAGCAUAGCUGGAAAUGCCAGUGGCACCAUUGAAACAAGCACAAAUGAUAUUGCAAACAAUGAGAAUCUCAGUGAAGAGCAGCUGUAUUUGAAGGAUACUUUGGCGGCCUAUCGGACAGCUGCUGAUGCAGCAGCACGUAUACAACUUGCAUUCAGGGAGCAUUCGCUAAAAUUACGAACAAAAGCAGUUGAGUUUUCUAGUCCGGAGGAAGAAGCACGCAGUAUAAUUGCCGCAAUGAAGAUUCAACAUGCAUUCCGUAAUUUCGACACCCGAAAGAAGAUAGUAGCAGCUGCUCGUAUACAAUACAGAUUCCGAACUUGGAAGAUCCGUAAAGAUUUUCUUCAUACGCGGCGUCAAGUUAUAAAAAUUCAGGCUGCUUUCCGGGGCUACCAAGUGCGCAGGCAAUACUGUAAAAUUCUCUGGUCUGUUGGAGUCCUUGAGAAGGCCAUUUUGAGGUGGCGAUUCAAGAGAAGGGGAUUCCGCGGGCUUCAGGUAAACCCAACUGAAGCUGUUUCAGACCAAGGCCGAGAGAGCGAUACAGAAGAGGACUUCUAUAAAACUAGCCAGAAACAAGCUGAAGAUCGUGUUGAGAGAUCUGUGGUACGAGUUCAGGCCUUGUUCCGCUCAAAGAAAGCACAAGAUGAAUACCAGGCAAUGAAGUUGGCCCAUAAUCGAGCCAAGCUGGAAUAUGAUAUCCUUGAUCCCGAUAUUGACAUCAACAGUUGAAGACUACAGGUUUCACUCGGCUUCGAACACUCUGGUAAUGUGGCGGAAUCCCUCCCUAUUAGAUGACGACCAGCCAAAGUGGGGGGGCUCUGUUAGUGUAGCCUGUAUAUGUUGUAAAUUCUUAGAAUAAUCUAGAUCAGGUUUUCCUUUUCGACCCUUUCGAAACCGUUUUGACGUUUCAAAUGCCGUUAUGUCGAUGUUCAAAGCUUGACAUGGAUCCUUUGGUUUUUGAUUGUUGGUACAUAACUUGGAUGCUUCAUCUGUAUUAAGACCUUGGCUAAUACUUUUGCAUCAUUCAUUGAGCGGCUUUCUCAA